GGUAAAGCUAAGUUACAAACAGUACAGUAAAGAAGAAGAAGCAGUAUAAAAAAAUUCUUCCCCCUUUCCAAGAAUUAGGGUUUUUUCGAUCGAAUUCGCGGCAAGUAGACUCGUUUUCUUCCGACAACAGUGGUCUUCUUUCCAGAUAUGUCUCUCCAAGUUUCGAAGCAAGGUGUGCUAUAAAGCUAAAGGACAAGGAACACAUCCGUAAGCUAUAUGGAGUUAGAGAGGUGUUUGGUUUUGAGAGUCUUCAGACAUUUGUAUAGAGAAGCUAAGAUAUUGUAAGCCAAAGGGUUUAAUCUUAGAUAAAGAUGGGUUCGUUAUGUUGUGUGGCUGCGAAAUCAGAUAGGUCAGAUUCUACAAGUCGUGACUUUUCGUUUGGUCCUCAUGAGCAGCAUUAUUGGAGGACUAAUACAAGCUUCUCUCCACCUUCAUCAAGAUGGGGCUUAACCGAUGGUAUUAGCUUAUAUGGUUCUUCAACAUCAUCAAACGCUAAUCUUCUUCCUAGUCCUGACCUUUCUCACACUCUUCAUUGGACUCCCAGUGAUUUUGACUCUGCUACAAGAAGAGAUCACAUUCUUGAGCAACUACCUGGUACUUCAAGAAAUGUUGGUUCUGAUAUUGGUGACUUUGAAACUAACCGCAACUUCUCAAACCGGCGAUUUUUCAUGUCUAAGCCGGUUCAUCCGAUACACCAUCCUUUUAGUAAUGCUAGAGAAACAACAUUCGACUCUGCGGAUGCAUGCAGUUGGAGUAGUGGGACAACAAGCAGCAUAGACUCAAUGGAUGUUCCUGAGGCAGUUCUUGAUUGGGAUAAUAAUAACUCUACCAAAGCGCAACGAGUAGCUUCAAGUACGUUUAGAUGCGGUUUGUGUAACAGAUACAUCUCACAGAAACCUCCUUGUGGAUCUCGGUCCAUCGUAAGAAACCGAGACAUGCCCGUCACAGGAGUUCUUCCAUGUCAACACGUCUUUCACGCUGAAUGUCUUGACCAAUCAACUCCAACGGCUCACCGAAAUGACCCGCCUUGUCCAGUGUGUGUCAAACAGGAAGGAGAACAGUCCAAAUCACAUAACAUUGUCCUGAGGGUUUGUGAGGAUGGGUCAUCGACAAGACAGUGGGGCUGUACUCAGGUUGGUGACUGUGUUGAAAGUGCUGUUAAUGUGCCGCCAAGAAACAGCAUGAUAAUGAUAAACAGGACAAGGGAAAGCCUCUCGUGGAGAGGAAACUCAAGCAAAGAUUCUCGGAUAAAAAUGAAGAAAAGUAGCUCAUUUGCUAUGGACAGUCUGUCAAAUCAGUUCUCGUUUGUGCAUUCUAGAGGGAAAGAGAAGGUUUAAUUGUAGCUGGAAAAAGAAGUAGAGAAAUUUGUGUAGAGCUUUGAUUGUUUUUAUCUUUCUUGAAAUUCUAUUUGCUGGCGAGUGGCGACGAUCUUAAUUAACCGUUUAUUAUCCAAUCGAUAAGCUUUUUUUAUUUAUUUGGUUUACCUGUACAGCUGGAUUAUGAUUGUGCGAAACCGAUAUAUUUAGACAGCUG